CGAGAGAACAGUGAAACCACGCGAUGUUUGGGGGAGACACGAGUGCCUCGGUUGAGUUAACUGUUUGGGGUUUCAGUCCACUGGUGCCGGGCAGUACAGCUAGGUAACACUAUAAUCUAUAUAGUGGUCCGACGAGGGAGUUUAAUUGCUAAAACGGUGGAGAUGCAGCCUGCAACAGCUAAGUGGUAUGACAGACGGGACUCUGUGUUUGUGGAGUUCUGCUUGGAGGACAGUAAAGAUGUGCAAGUAAAAUUUGACAAGUCCAAAUUUGAAUUCAGUUGUGUCAGUGGAACAGAUAAUAUCAAACACCAGAAUACAGUGGACCUGUUUGGAGAGAUUGACCCCAAAGGAUCCAAACACAGACGCACUGACAGGUCUGUGUUGUGUUGUUUACGAAAAGCAGAGGCUGGCAAAUCAUGGCCACGACUUACCAAAGACAAGACAAAGAACAACUGGCUGAGUGUGGAUUUCAAUAAUUGGAAAGACUGGGAAGAUGACUCAGAUGAGGACUUGUCAAGUUUCGACAAAUUCUCAGAGAUGAUGAACAGCAUGGGAGGGGAUGAUCUACCUGAUGGUGCAGAUGAAGAGCAUGAUUCUGCAGACAGCGAUGAUGAAAAAAUGCCCGACCUUGAGUAGAUGAAUAUGGAUGCUGCCUCAGUAGUAAACGAAGUGAGUUAUAAGUCUGUUGAAGAGAGACUAGACAAUGGUUGGCAGCCAUGUUGGAGAAGAAACCUCAUCUCUCUACUCAGUUUCCAAAGUGAAACCCCUCAAGGGAGUGAACAGGGAGUGACUGUUGGAUACAGACGUGCACAGAGAUCCAUAGCGACAUACAGUGCUGUGCUUUGCUGUUCUGUUCUGCAUGGACAAUUCUGUUCAAAUGAAAAUGUUAUUGUUCAUUGACUUAAAUGACUGUAAUGGGAUGUGCUGAUGUCUUACACCUUCUCUCUCUGUUUUUUUUUCAGGUUAUGUAUUAAACAUUGUGAUUUCUAAUGAAGAAAAAAAACUCAAAAUGCAUAUUUUCCAAAAAAUAGAUUUUUUUAAUGACAGAUUUCCCCUUUAAUGUUUGUAUUGUAAAUUGCACUUAUUUUGUUUGUUAAUUUAAAGAAGCAGGAGUACUGCUUGAAAUGGGUUUUCCAGUGUAUGCCAACAUCUGCAGAUAUUUAACAAUUUCAUUUUUUAAAACAUAUUUCAGCAUUUAAAAUAAACAUAUGUUUGUGCAACUUACAACUUGUGUUGAGAUUAUGGUAUCCAAGGGGUACAAUCUUUGCAUGUAGUCACAUCUUUGCAUAGAUGUGUUUGUUUCUCCAUGCCAGUGUACAAAACAUUGCACAUUGUAGCAAGUACAAAAAUAAAUAUUCUUCCAGAGGUGAGUGCAGAAAUCCUUCGUAGGCUAAUAGGAGUUUCCCAAAUAGUUUAAAGCUGCAUUAGGUAACUUUUAUUUAAAACAUUACUUUUUGUCAUAUUUGCUGAAACUUUACCUAUAUCCUGACCGUAGUACAUGAGACACAAAAUCAGUGAAUAAAACGGGUUCCUCUGGCUCCUCCUUUUGCUCUUGAUGGCAUUUGUGAAAACAACCAAUCAAAGCUGAUUGUCAAGUCUCAUUCCUGUGUCGUCAAGUAUCGACACUGCGAUUGAGACUCAGCAAUUAAUCAUCUUCAAGCCACCAACUUAAAGUGUCUUUCCAUGUUUCUUGGCUCUGAUUAGUUUUUCUAAGGCAGAUUCUUGCAAAUUCCAUAAGGAGCACUAAAAUGAGUCAGACGAACCUGUUUUUUCCACAGAUUGUGUUGUGAACUAUUGUCAGGGUAUAGUGAACGUUUCAGCAAAUGUCACAAAAGUUAUUUUUAGAAAAGUUAAAUAAUACCAGUUAUAAAUGUUUGUCAGUCAGAUAUACUAGAGCUAUGCUUUGGAGGCUUGUGUGUUUAAUUCAACACGUUGUCUUAUGCUUGUGGGAGUUUGGUUUUCUAAUAAACUGUUUCAGACCGUUGAAUACAAA